GUUGCACGUCAUUUUUCCCACGUUACGCUUAAAAAUUCCUGUAAAAAUUUACUUUUCACGGACGUUUUACGGAUUCCAAACUUUACUACAAAAUAAGUCAGAAUGGUCGUAAAAAAGGCACUAAAAUUACAAGAAAUAAAAGACACCGACCCGAAGAAAGUGCCUGUCAAAUUCAGAUUCAACUUGGAAAGCGAUAAAAACCUUCUCACCACCGCAAUAAAUGUAAAUCCCUUCCAACUGGGAAAAAUAAAGUGGAAUGAUGUUGCAUCCAGCUUGUUGCAAGUUUUUGGGUAUCGAAUUUCGGCUAGGACUGCCCGAGAACGAGUCGAAAAUCUCGUAAACAAAUACAAAAAGGAACAACUGAUUUACAAGACUGGAACGGAAGAAGAACAAUCUGAAGUUGGAAAAUGUGUGGAGGAAAUUAUUAAGCUUGAGGAGGAGGAGGCUGCUUCAAUUAAUAUUUUCCUGGACGCUGACUUCGAUGACCAAACUUUAUGUGCUCUUAGCAAGAAAGAUAAAAAGAUGGACAAGAUAUUAGCCGAUGUGGAUCGAGACGAAGUGUUGAAACGGAAUUGUAUGUGUACUGUGUACCAUAAAGCAUACAUUCCCAUUUUUAAUACUUUCCUAAUAAUUCCAGAUGAAGACGUUCCUCCAACUCCUAAUAAAACCCGGACGAAGAGAUCAAAAUUAAGCAAUGAGGAGGACUUGUUGGCGAAGAAAGUUAACCACGAUUUGGAAAUGGAGCAAAAGCGAUUUCGACUUGAGGAGGAGGCCAAGCGGGCGGAAAUUGCCAACGAUGCAAAGCGAUUGGAGUUGGAACUCGUUCGAGAAAAAAGAUUACAACAGGAAACGGAGCAACGCCAAUUAAUGUUCGAAACCUUUCAGCAAACAUUGAAGAUGCUCACGGAUGGACUGCAAAACAAUAAAAACUAGCCUGUCGUAAAAUUAAAUUUUCGUUAGAAAUUGUGUUGCUACAAAUUAAUGUUAAUAUUUAUGUUUUAAUUGCUGAACCAAACUAACAAUUGUACUACCAAUUUCUCAAAAAUAUCCACCUGUCUUUUACACUCAAGUUUCAUAAACAAAUAAACUUUAUCAGCGAAGA